AUGUCCGAGAGGCGAACGCGGUCCGGAGGGUCCGCCCAGCGCUCUGGGCCCGGGGCCCCAUCUCCUACUCAGUCUCGGCGGAGGUCCCAGCGGAAAUCAGGCCCUGAUCUCCCGAGCACCCUCCCUGAAAUCUGGCCCAAGGCACCCCAUGCGGCUCCAGUCAGAAAGCCCAUCGUUUUGAAGAAGAUCGUAGCCCAACCUGUAGAGAUCCCGCCUGUCCACACACCUCGAAGGAGCCCAAGGAUUGCUUUUUUCUUGGAGAAGGAAAACAACCCUCCUAGCAAGGAGCCUGCUAAGGAGGAUCUCUUCAAGGCAUGUAAUAUACCCGUCACCCCCACCACCACUCCGGUGCUCUACCCACUGAAUGUUGAGUCCAACUUCAGGGAAGAAGAGCUGGACGCCAGAGACUUGGAAAUGUCUAAGAAGGUCAGGCGAUCCUACAGCCGGCUGGAGACCUUCGGCUCCGCCUCCACCUCCACCCCAGGCCGCCGGUCUUGCUUUGGUUUCGAGGGGCUGCUGGGGUCAGAAGACUUGGCCCGAGUCUCGCCUGUGGUGUGUUCCAAGUUAACCGAAGCCCCCAGGGUCCCUGUGAAGCCCUGGGCCCCAGAUACAACUCUCCCCGGGAUCUCCCCACCGGCCGUGAAAGAGAAGCGCAAGAAGAGAAAGGUGCCUGAGAUCCUGAAAUCGGAGCUGGAUGAAUGGGCUGCGGCCAUGAAUGCGGAGUUUGAAGCUGCUGAGCAGUUUGAUCUCCUGGUUGAAUGA